UGUGUCGUCACGGGCUGCAUGCCUGCGCCUGCUCCCACGCUGCUGUGCGGCUUGGCGAGGCUCGCGCCGCGCGCCUGAAAUGCCGGCCUCAGGGCCCUGCGGGCAGGCGCUGCUGCCGGCCGCCUUGGCGUUGCUUCUCGUGACCGCAGCCCUCCGGGUCUUCGAGGGAGGCGCCGGGCCGCGGCCCCCGGCAGGGGAGCAAACUCGAGAUGGGCUGCGGAGGACGCUGGAGGAGUCGCGGGCGGCGGGCCGGGCGUGGGGGCCGCUGCCCCUGGGAGCCUUGUACGCCGUGGGCGUCCUGGCCUUCGUGCUGCGCCGGUGUCUGCAGGGACAGAACGAGGCCGAAGUUUCCCCGGAGGAGAAGCCCACUGAGAAGGAGCUUUUGCGCAGAGAAGAGCAGCUGGCUCAGGAACUAGCGAAGACAGAACAGCUCCUGGGUGGCCUGCUGGACCAGCUGGACCCUCUGUUUGAGCGGGUGGACGCUCUGGCCGGAGCCCAGCAGGACCUGCUGACGUUAAGGCUUCAGACCAUCAGCCAGCUGCUAAAGGACCAGGGACUGCCCACGGCUGUUGCCUCCCAAGAGUACAACCCCCCUGUCCAUGAGGACCUGAGUGCUGAGGAAGAUGAUGACAGUGACCUUCAGACCUGGGGCUGGGGGGAGGAACCUGAGGAGGGAGUGCCCGGGGCCUGGGCCCCAAAUGUCUCCUGGGGCCAAUUUGGGGAAAAUGGGAAGGAGUGGGGACUCAGGAGGAGGAAGUGGAUUGAGGGGACCCAAGUCACCCACUGAGAGAGAUGGUGUAAGAGAGAGCUUUGGGUUAAAGGAGCUGUAUCAGUUUGAGAAAACCUGGUAAGGAAUUAAAGCUCAGAUGUAAGGAAGUAGGAGGCUUUCUUCAAGGAGCCAAGAUGUUUUAGUAAAAAAUAAAUUUAUUCCAUUUUCGUAUA